CCCGCCGGCGAGGCGCGCGCUUUUCGAAUGCCGUUGUCGCCCAAUGGCAGCCGGCCUCGAGCGGGCGGCCAAUCGGCGGGCGGCUGCGGCUAUAAAUAGCGGCGCGGCAGAGCCCCUUCCACGGGCCGUUUUUUCUAGAGCGAGAAAGUGGUGGUGAGUGCGGAGCGAUGGCGCGUACGAAGCAGACAGCGCGUAAGUCGACAGGCGGGAAGGCACCCCGCAAGCAGCUGGCCACCAAGGCGGCCCGCAAGAGCGCGCCGGCCACGGGCGGCGUGAAGAAGCCGCACCGCUACCGGCCCGGCACGGUGGCGCUGCGCGAGAUCCGGCGCUACCAGAAGUCGACGGAGCUGCUGAUCCGCAAGCUGCCCUUCCAGCGCCUGGUGCGCGAGAUCGCGCAGGACUUCAAGACCGACCUGCGCUUCCAGAGCUCGGCCGUCAUGGCGCUGCAGGAGGCCAGCGAGGCCUACCUGGUGGGGCUGUUCGAGGACACCAACCUCUGCGCCAUCCAUGCCAAGCGUGUCACUAUCAUGCCCAAGGACAUCCAGCUGGCCCGGCGCAUCCGCGGGGAGCGCGCCUGAGACUCUUGCUGCCACCCUUCCCCCAGUUCUGGUAGACACCGAGGGGGCCCACACAGACCCAAAGGCUCUUUUAAGAGCCACUACAUGAACAAUAAAAGGAGCUGUAACGCUGUUGAAAUUAGGUGAAGUUGCGUGUUGUGUCGCAUCGAAUUUAUCAAUAUAUAAAUUAAUGCUAUUUUACCAUAUCCAAU